AUGCGCCGCCGCACCCAGAAAUCCCUCACCCACCUGCUCAUCCUCCUCUUCAUCCUCGGCCUCAUCCUCUUCCUGAACCGUCCCGCCUCCCCGCAUAAGCUCUUCGCCUGGCACCGCGUCACGUACCGCACGCGCGCAACCUCCCUCCCGGCCCCGAACGGCGUGUGUCCGGGCCUGUCGGAGUCGGGGCGUCCAGCGCUGGUGGUGUCGCAUGUCGACAGCGACGGAGACACGGGGUGGUUGGAGGAGUUGAAGACGAAGUAUCACGUUUGUGUAUAUCACAUCGACACGGCCUCGUCAUCUGACAAAGAAAAGAAAACCUUGCAAGUCCCCACCAACCGCGCCCACGAAUCAAUCACCUACCUGACCUUCCUCAUCGACAACUACGCCUCCAUCCCUCGCUCCGGCGCCGUCUUCAUCCACGGCUCGCGCUUCGCAUGGCACAACGACGACCCGGCCUACGAUAACCUCUCCCUGCUGAAGAGUCUCAACCUGCCCUUUGCGCUGCACGCGUCCGGGUACCAUAAUCUGCGGUGCGACUGGAGUCUGAGCACGUGUCCACCCUCGGCGGGGCCGCAGGGCAGUCUGGAGAAUAGUGUGCAGGCGGUGUUGCAGCCGUGGAGUGCGAGGACGGUGUCGGAUCGGGGGUUGCCGAAGGCGUUGGAGGAGAUUUUUGGCUCGGGAAGUCGACUCGGACGAACAGACACAGUGCGGGCGCAGUGCUGUGCGCAGUUUGCGGUCAGCCAGGAGGGCAUCUGGCAGCAUUCCCGAGAGGAGUAUGUCGCGCUGCGGCAGUGGUUGUUGGACGGGAUGGAUGGGCGGCGCGGGGCGGCGCCGAAGGACGAUCGCGUGGCGGGCCGGAUGGUCUCGUAUAUCUGGCAUAUUCUGUUUGUGAGGCGCGCGGGCGACGGCGUGGAUCUGGGCGAGCUGAAUCGGCGGGCGUGUCCGUCCGCGGAGGAAUGCUAUUGUCGGUUGUAUGGACGGUGUGGGCUGCGGUGUGCGACGCCGGGGAGUUGUCUGGGGCAGUAUGCGUUGCCGAAGCAUUUGCGGUUGCCGGAGGAUUGGGCCGAGAGGCAUUCGUGA